UCCUGUUUUUUGUUCAGAAUAAGCUCAACGAGAAUCGAAUCUCCAACCUCUACAAUAAAUGGGUCUAGUUCCUAAAAUAAUGUUGGUAAGAAUCUAUUUUUAAAUAUUCUUUGAAAAAAGUAAUAUUCUGAAAAAAAAGAAAAAAGAAUCUGCAUCAACAUCCACAUAUUCCUCGCCAAUCGCGAUUAUCAAGUGCUGACAAACCUACUACACCCAAAUCAUAGUUGUCAAUUUCCUACCGUGGGAUAGAUCCAACGGUGCAAAAAGCACAUCAUUUUUUUACGACAAAACAACAAAGCACACAUUUCGAAGUAUAAAAAGCCUCAGUCACGUCUUUCCAGCCUGGCUUCAUACCAUGUUGUUCAUUGCGGGGUCCACAACCCAACUAAACCACCACAAAAUUCCAAAAAUACCCCUCCACCUUCACAAAAAAUACACUCCAAAACUUUUUCUUCUCUGGUUUCCAUUCCUCCGUUUCGUCACCAUGCCACCGACACUCUCAUUCACACUUACACACUACCUCACUUUGUUGGUGGCGAUGCUGUUAGUCGUCGUCGAAGCAAAUUUUCCGGCAACCGGAAUCGCCAGUGAGCUUCCGACGUUCCGCGAAGCGCCGGCAUUCCGCAACGGAAGAGAAUGCCGCAACCGAGCGCACGGAGAGUCCGUCUUCCACAUCGCGAUGACGCUGGACGCGACCUACCUCCGCGGAUCCAUCGCUGGCGUGUUCUCCGUGCUGCAACACACGUCGUGUCCGGAGAACGUUGUAUUCCACUUCAUCGCUACCACGCACAGACGGGCGGAGCUCCGGCGCAUAAUAACGACGACGUUCCCGUACCUAGCCUUCCACCUCUACCACUUCGACGCGAACCUCGUGCAGGGCAAGAUCUCGUACUCUAUCCGUCGUGCACUGGACCAGCCGCUGAACUACGCGCGGAUGUAUCUAGCUGACUUGCUUCCUGCGAACGUCCGGCGAAUUAUCUACUUCGAUUCCGAUCUCAUCGUCGUCGACGACGUGGCAAAGCUCUGGAGAAUCGACCUCCACUCCCGCGUGCUGGGCGCGCCCGAAUACUGCCACGCCAACUUCACCAAUUACUUCACGCAUCGCUUCUGGUCGAACCCGAGCUACGCGGCGUCGUUUAAGGGACGCGAAGCGUGCUACUUCAACACCGGUGUGAUGGUGAUUGAUCUGUGGAAGUGGCGCGAGGGAAGAUACACGGAAAAGCUCGAGACCUGGAUGCGUAUCCAGAAGCGGAACCGGAUCUACGAGCUCGGAUCGUUGCCACCAUUUCUGCUUGUGUUCGCCGGUGAUGUGGAGCGCGUGGAGCACCGUUGGAACCAGCACGGUCUCGGCGGCGACAAUCUCGAAGGUCUCUGCCGUGACCUUCAUCCCGGUCCGGUGAGCCUCCUCCACUGGAGCGGCAAGGGGAAGCCGUGGCUGCGAAUCGAUUCCAAGAAGCCUUGUCCAUUGGACAGUCUUUGGGCGCCGUACGAUCUCUUUCGCCACUCUCCCUCGUUGUUCUCCGAUUCGUAGUUAGGGUUUUGUCGAAGUCGCAUGGUUUUGCUGUGGGGACUGAUU